GUUAAGAGAAAAUCAAGGAUCAAAACUGGUUUAAGACUCCGAGUGAAAAAAACCUAGUUUGAUCCUCUUCCUCCAGCUAGCCAAGAUAUAGGGUUGCUUACAUUGAAAUUUCCGAAUUUGUACCUCUUGUCCCGUUACAUUUUUUUUUUCUAGUUCCACUCGAAUAGAAUCCACUACAAAUUAAAAACCCCACAAGGCCACAAUUGGGUUAAGAAACUGACAAUAGCCCAACUACACGAAUCUAUUCUCGGAUAAGUUAUUUUAAUUCCCCACAUUACAUAUGUACAUAGGACAGUCCUUUAGACGUGUUACGUACUUACGUGUAUCCAUACAACUAUACGUGCAUUAUAGAAUACCUAUAUAUUUAGACAAUCUUGAUUUGAGACUGAGAUUUACAAGAUUAUAGGAUCACCACAUGACCAUUUCUUCAAGCUCCAAAUAUAAACUUCCCUCAACAAAAACACACCAAAACUCUCUUUCUCUCAUCUCUCUUCUCUCCUCUAUAGCUAUUGUAGCAUUCUAAUCCAACCCAACGGUUGACAUCGUCUAAGAUCUUAUUAGAUCAACAAGAGAAUUCGAUUUUUUUUUGUUUUGUUGUUUGGUUAGAGGAAAAUUAAGAUGGCUUUGGAUGAUGAGAAGAAUGAAGGAGAAGCUUCAGGAGAGACAUCAGAAAAAGAAAUUGGGUUAAGCAGACAGAACAGUCAGAGCUCUUUGUCUCCGACAGAGGAUGAUGAAGACGAUGAAGACAAGAAGCUCCAACUCGGUCCCAUGAUCGCUCUCAAAGAACAACUUGAGAAAGACAAGGAUGAUGAAAGCUUGAGGAGAUGGAAGGAACAGCUUCUUGGCGUCGUGGAUUUAGAGGAUGUUGGAGAGACACCGGAUCCGGUAGUAAAGAUACUAGAACUCACAAUUAGAUCACCGGACAGAGAGGAAAUGGUAUUGACGAUACCCGAGGAUGGGUUGCCGAACCCGAAAGGCCCUUGGUUUACCAUAAAGGAAGGUUCUAAGUACACUCUUGUCUUCAACUUCCGUGUCACAAACAAUAUCGUUUCAGGCCUUCGCUAUAACAAUACCGUAUGGAAAACUGGUGUUAAGGUGGAUAGUACGAAAGCAAUGCUUGGGACGUUUAGUCCUCAAGCUGAGCCUUACCAACGUGUAAUGCCUGAAGAAACGACACCGUCUGGUAUGUUUGCUAGAGGAUCCUAUUCCGCAAGAACUAAGUUCGUUGAUGACGAUAAUAAGUGCUACUUGGAGAUCAACUACACCUUCGACAUCCGCAAGAGUUGGCAAUGAUCCACCGAAUCAUACAUUCUCUCAAGUCUAAACCAAAGCUCAUUUUUUGAUAAUUUAUUUUUUUAUUAUCUUACAUUCGAUUAUGCAGACUAGACAAAGUUAUUUAGUUUUCGAUUAAAUGAGCAUG